GGUUUCUAUUUUUUUUUUUGUACCAGGGUGUUGGGUAUUUAUGUUCUUGUUGUGUGUUGUGAACGGAUCUGUUCUUAUGUGUCAAAAUGUCUUGGUAUCCAGGUCAGCUUGUGUGUGAGUAUGUACUGUGUUAUCGUGAACUGUUUCUGUCAUUCUUGUCCAAUAAAGCCUAGGAUCAAGACAUUUCUUCUUGUAGUGUUUCAUUAGGUUACUAAACAGGGCACAACACUGGUCAGGAAAGCUGGAAUCCCUGACUACACUUGCACACCCCAAAGCAUUGUCGCAACAUAGCGUGCGUGUCACGUGACGGGCAUUGUUGUUGGUUUGUUAUUUGUCGGCCAAUUAAAGAACAUACUUCAGAAUGCCAGAAUUUCAGCAGCUAGAUGUAACCGUUGCAAAUAGGUUUAUAUCAAGCCUUAGCAAAUCUCUGCAGGCUUUAUGCCAUGGAUGUAUGGAUUUUGACACUGGCAUUGAAAUUGUUGGUUAUAUUAAUGUAAGUAUUGACUGUGGAAGGAAAGUGGAUUAUGUGCUUAAUGAAAGGGUACUGAAGAGCAACACUAAUUCAAUGACUUUUGUCAGCAAUAGUUUUCUUGCCAAGAAAGAACAGAUUAAACAAACUCGUGAUGGCUCUUGUUCUCCUGUUUCUGAAUUCACAACUUCUACUCCAUAUCCUCGACCAUUCAGAAGUUCUUAUCAGGCAUCUCACCAGAGCACUUCAUCAUUUUCCCAGUCAUAUGUCCUCCGGGGCUCACAGAAACGUGCUAUGGAAAGGGACUGGAGAGCUCCUAAGCGACUUAGAGGAGAACGAUCUCAAUAUAGUGAAACUGUUUCUUCAGCACAGACAGCAUCAUAUUCUAAUUUACCAGGAGAUAGUUUUAAAAUGCCCCAGAGUCAAAAUUCUAGCAAUGCCACUGAAGAUUCACAAAUAAACAUUAAGCAAGAAGUUUUAGAGAAUGAAUCUGAAAGAAAUGAAUCUGAUAAUGCAGAGCAAACUAGUGACUAUAAAUCUAAUGAACCUUUAUCUGCUGCUGAUAUUAAAAAAGAUCCUGAUAGCUGUGCAUUACCUAGUGAAGACACAUCCCAAGCAGAUGAUAGUACUGAACCUGAAGCAGAAUUUAAAGGAACUUUCCUUCAGCCCUCCACUUCGGAACUUACUGAUGAGACUUCUGUGACAGACAAACAAAGUACAACUGCUAAAUUACCAGAAACAUCUGAACUAAAUAAACCAUCUAGCAGCAAAUGUACUGAUGAUGUUGCAGAUGACACUCAUGGAGAAAGUGCUCAUGGCGAAAGCAUGGCGCCUGCUUCAGAGAUGCAUUUGGAUUAUGAGGAAGAAGAGGGAAAUUACCCUCAAUCUGUUUAUUCAGAUGCUGGAGAAGGAUCAAGUGACACUGGUCAAUUUGAGGUUAUUGAAAUAGACGAUGAAGAUGAAGAUGUACAGGCCAUGUUUGCAGAAUCUCGUCUUUAUGAUAAAGGUUCUCGACGAAAGUAUUCAUCCAAACGCCGCCGUCAAUUGAAAUCAGCUCUUCAUUUACCACUUGUCAUAUCCCAACAUGCAUCUACAGAUGAAACUUUCAGUCAGUUUCCUUUUAGAGAAAGAGGAAAAGUACUGAAUGAUCAAACUGAUUAUUGUACUCUUUGCAAUUGUACACUUCCAUUUGGUGUUACAUAUCAGUUCCACUUUAAUGAAGUUCAUGCCUCAGGAUCUCUAGUUGGUCUGUUUAGUGGUUCUGAUUGCUUAACUUGUAACAUUUGCUGCAAAAGUUUUGUAACUAAAGAACGUUUACGUCAGCAUAGCUCUGUGCAUGAUACUAUUGUUUAUUCCUGUCAUAUCUGUAAUGUCAAGUUCAAACACAAGAAAAACAUUGGAAGACAUUUAGAGACGAGCCAUGGACUGAAAAAGUGCAUGUAUUGUAAUGGCCUUUUUAGGAAAGGCGAUGAUUUUAAUUUUCAUAUUCUGGAUUGUGAUGCAUCUAAAGAAGGCACUUCCCUUUAGUCUAACACACAUUUACAUGAUACAUGUAAUUCUUUUUUUUUUAAGAAUGUAUAAAUAUAUAAACAUGAAGAAGUAUUUAUGAAUUCUGUAAUUUGUUUUUGUUUGUGUCAUAAUCAAAAGUAUUGAAGUAUUUAUACAAGCAAUUGUUUUUUAUUAUUUCAAGAAAAUAAAAUAUGGGGCUAUUGGUUUUAAAACCAUAUGUAUUUUUAUUAAGUUGCUUGAAAAAAGGAAAAAAUGAAUAAAACAUUUCAAGUCAAAACUUAUUUAAUGUAGAAUCAGAUGAUUGUAGCUCAACUGGAUGUAAAGGGAUAUGGUGUUAACAAAUGUUUUUGAAAUGCUGGUUAAAUGUGAUGUGACUAAUAAAAGUUUGUAAUUACUGUAAAUGAUCAUAAGAGAUCAAUGAAGCAAAAAAAUGUAAUGAAUGAACAAGGAAGAAUUGGAGUUGCUAUCACCUGGCUGAAUGAGCCCCGAUUGUACUUAUGUAUUAUUGUGUCAUCUUUGGUUUAAUUUGUACUUCAAAUUGUUUACAAAGGAACAUAUUGGCCAAUAAACAAUCGUGUAAAAACUUUCUCUGUUUCAGGAAGAAAAACUUUUCCAAGUCAAGGUCAGCUUCACUGCUUACAAAAUAAAACUGUUGGAAAUAGAAGAGAAAAUGGAUUUGAACGUUUGCAAGGAAAUACUUACGGUUCAACGCAGUAUUCUAAUCUAGAUUUUAUCAAAACU